AAUGGGCUCUUCCAAGAAACACAAGGAGAGGGACCGGGAGAGGGACCGGGAGCGCAAGAUAACACAAGACCCGGGACAAGGACCGGGACCGGGAGAGCGAGGAAGCGGUCCCGCUCCCGGGAGCGAACCAGGGGCUCGGAGAGAGAGAGCAAAGCCGGCAAGACCAGCGAGAGAAGCGCCGGGCAGCCCAAGAUCAAAAAGGAGAAGACUGACGAUGGAGCCGAAGAAGUUCCAGGACCCAAGUCUGCUUCUGGGGAUGCCUCCCUUAGCAUUGAAGAAACAAACAAGCUGAGAGCCAGACUGGGGUUAAAACCACUGGAAUUAAAUGAAGCGAAAAAAGCCCCAGUGAAACCCGAGAGACUUCUCAACCAGAAACUGGGGAAAGUCAAGACCCUGGCAGAGGAUGACCCCUGGCUGGACGACACUGCAGCCUGGGUGGAGAGGAGCCGCAAGAUGGCCAAGGAGAAGGAGCUGGCAGACAAGAGGGCAAAGAUGCUGGAAGAGAUGGAUGUAGAGUUUGGGAUCAGCAGCCUGGUGGAUGAGGAGUUUGGCAAGGGGAGGAAGGAGAAUUACUCUUCCAAAGAUCUGAAGGGGCUGACCGUUCAGCACAAGAUCGACUCUUUCCAGGAGGGGCAGACUGUGAUCCUCACGCUGCAGGACAAAGGUGAGAGCACCGAGGAGGCUGCAGGGAGGAGCGCGCGCCUUCCUUCUGUCUGUCUGUCUGUCAGUCUGUCUACCUCCAAGCCCUACGCAGAGGAGGAAGACUUUCUGAUUUCCUCCCCUCUCGCGUUUCAGCUCAAGCACAAGUCUGUCCUCUCCAAGUACGACGAGGAGAUCGACGGGGAGAAGAAGAGGAGUUUCCGGCUGGAGGCGGGGGGGCAGGCGGACGGGUCCUGGGAGAGGGAGCUGCAGCAGAUCAGAGACACCCUGCAGAGCCAGGCUCAGAGUCUGGACGGACCAGGACUGAGGCUGGCAUCAGAGUACUACACUCCUGACGAGAUGGUCACCUUCAAGAAGACCAAGCGUUGCGUGAAGAAGAUCCGCAAGAAGGAGAAGCCGUUGAAGGUGGAGGAGCUGCUCCCCCUGGUGGCCGAGGCGCAGAGCGAGGACUUCGGCUCCAGGUCCAGGGGGCGUGGCCGGAGGCGGGGCUCGGACGCGGACGAUCGCGUGGAGGAGAGGAAGGCGUCGGCCCCGAGCCAGCUUUCCGACGACACCCGGGUGGAGAAGAUGGAGAUCAGCGAUGAAGAUGAUUUCGAAGCCCCUGAGGGUGUAGCUAUUGAAGAAGACGAAGCCGAGCUGGAGCUGCAGGCACAGCUGGAGAAGCAGAGGAAACUGAGACAGAAGCAGCUGCUCAAGGACUCUGGGGAGAAGGUUGUGCGGAUCGUGGAGACGCAGGGGGGGUCGCGAGACGACGACGAGGAGGACCCCGACAAGAAGAACAACAUCGUGUUCAACGCCACCUCUGAGUUCUGCCGCACGCUGGGAGACAUUCCCACCUACGGGCUGUCUGGGAACCGGGAAGAUCAGGAAGACAUCCUGGAUUUCGGGAAGGCUGAGGAGAAGUCCCAGGGCACUGGCUCGGACUCUGAUUUCGAUGAGAACGUGGGCUGGAGCAUGGUCAACCUGGACGAGGAGCAGAAACAGCCAGACUUCUCCACUGCCUCCACCACUAUCCUGGAUGAGGAGCCCAUUGUGAACUCCGGUCUGGUGGCCGCACUGAUGCUCUGCAAGAACAAAGGUCUGUUGGCUGUGAGUCCACAGGUGCAGAAGGUCGCGAGAGUGCGGGCACCCAAAGCAGCCCUGCCCAACGACCUGUAUUGCAUUGAGGAUAAAAUGACCAUCGAUGACAAGUACAGCCGUCGCGAGGAGUACCGCGGCUUCACCCAGGACUUCAAGGAUAAGGACAGCUACAAACCAGACGUGAAGAUCGAGUACGUGGACGAGACGGGGCGCAAACUCACGCCAAAGGAGGCUUUCCGCCAGCUCUCUCACAGGUUCCACGGGAAGGGCUCUGGCAAGAUCAAGACGGAGAGGAGGAUGAAGAAGCUGGAGGAAGAGGCUCUGCUGAAGAAGAUGAGUUCCAGCGACACUCCUCUGGGCACGGUGGCACUGCUCCAGGAGAAGCAGAAAUCUCAGAAGACUCCCUACAUCGUGCUGAGCGGGGGCGGCAAGAGCAUGAACGCGAACACCAUCACAAAAUAGAGAGGGACCAGUUUGGCUGUACUGGGAUGGUGCCGGCCCGCCCCGUUUUUUUUUUUUUUUUUUCUUCCUUGAACUGGUUUGGAUCUGUCCCAGUUCUGAGACCUGAGCUGGAAAGGGCGAAAUCCCAAUUCUACCGCAGAAUCGUCGUCGAGAACAGAAACCUGCUUUUAUUUUCACCGUAUCCCUAAAAUCCUGUUAGAAUCAAAUAAACACUGACCCCCCCGCCCCUUUUUUUUUUUUUUUUUUUUUAAAGGGGGUUGUUUUAGGCCAGAUUGAUUUGUGCAUUUCUAAAUUGUCUUAUUUAAAGGCUGUGCUUGCGGUUUAGCGAUGGCCGCUUUUUCAAGAAGCAAACUGUUCAGUUUCCAGGAUAGGACCAAUUCAGCAGCCCUGUUCUCCAGCUCUUACCUUUUUAUUUUUUUUAAAUGACGCGGUCUGUGUGCAGUUCUGUCUCAACGUGUAUCCCGCGAACCCUGCCAAACCUGUACAGCUCAUGAAAAUCUGCAAACGCACCCCCCCCCCCCCCCCCCCCCCCAACCUGCUGCAAUACCAGGCUCUCCCCAGCAGAUGUCACUGUUUCCAUGCGUCUCUGUUGGGUGCACAGCGACUGUGAAUUAAACGCAAACACACAAGACUUUAAUUCUGAAGCAGUUCGAGAUGAGUUUCUCUAUAAACUAAACCUUGGAAUUAAUCAUCGCUAAGUUUGUUUUAAGCCUUGCAUUCAUUCAUUUUCUUCAGAAAAUGAAGUUUGUAAGUGAUUUAUAAGAGGAGCGUGUAUAUCUAUGUACAGUUUUUGGUAUAAGGGGUGGUGAAGAGAAAUUUUGAUGUGUUACAGUGCAAUGUGUAUUUUGAGUUUUAAUAAAACAACAUUAACAGUU